AAUUUGACUGCCGUGGGUGAUGUUUUUCGAGAGCGCGUAGCGAUUCUAAACGCAUAAAAGACGAAUUCGUGAGUUUUUGUGGAGCGUUUGAAAAAGUGCUGUUCGUAUGGUGAUGUCAGAGACCGGGGGACUGGCAAUGCACCAGUUACCAAUGCAUCACAGAGGCUUGGUUCAACCUAGCCUUGUUAUGAACCCUCAUCCGUUGUCAGAUUCGUGUUCCGUCGAAUCACAAAGCAAAAAAAACCGAAGGACCAGCCACUGUGUGGGAUGCGGUGGCCAAAUCCACGACCAAUACAUCCUGAGGGUGGCUCCGGAUCUGGAGUGGCAUGCGGCGUGUUUGAAGUGCCAAGAGUGCCAAAGGUUUUUAGACGAAUCGUGUACGUGUUUUGUUAGGGAUGGAAAAACUUAUUGCAAAGUGGACUAUGUAAGGCUGUUCGGUACGAAGUGCGACAAAUGUGGACUAUCUUUUAGCAAAAGUGACUUUGUGAUGCGAGCCAAAAGCAAAAUAUACCACAUAGAGUGUUUUAGGUGUCGGGCGUGCACUCGACAAUUGGUGCCCGGUGACGAGUUUGCGUUGAGGGACGGCGGCGUUCUCUACUGUAAAGAAGACCACGACGCUAUGGAAAAGACGUCCACCCCUACCUCCGGGCAUACGCCCGGUACGGAAAGUAACAACAACACCAGUUUGAGUAAUAAUAAUCAUAACAGUAAUUCGACAGAGUUAUGUAUGUCUGAUUCUGGAUCGGAAAGCGGUUCCCACAAAGGCGGAGGCAGUCUGCGAAAAUCCGGAGGUGGUACGGGAGCGUCAGGCGGAACCGGAAGCGACGGAAAACCGACCAGAGUGCGAACGGUACUCAACGAGAAACAGCUGCACACGCUGCGCACCUGCUAUGCGGCCAAUCCAAGGCCAGAUGCGCUGAUGAAGGAGCAACUGGUCGAGAUGACGGGACUAUCGCCGAGAGUGAUCAGGGUGUGGUUCCAGAACAAGAGGUGCAAGGAUAAAAAAAAGACCAUUUUGAUGAAACAGCAAAUGCAACAAGAAAAGUAUUAUUCACAGGAUGGCCGUAAGAUGGGUUACGGGGCGAUGCAGGGUAUUCCGAUGGUGGCGUCUUCUCCAGUUCGACACGACUCCCCCAUCGGAGUCCAUCCUUUGGAGGUGCAGGCGUACCAACCUCCUUGGAAAGCGCUUUCCGACUUCGCCCUUCACGCGGAUCUCGAACAACCCCACCAGCCGGCCUUCCAACAGCUAGUCAACCAGAUGCACGGUUACGAUCUACCACCGCCUUCGUUAGGUCCCUCGCCAGGGGGCGGCCCGCCCCACCCGCUGAUGGGUCCGGGCGGCGGGGGUCCUGGGGCACCCUCGUCGGACGCCAUGACCCACCCGGACAGCACCGACAGCUACGUGACGUAUCUGGAUAGCGACGAAAGCCUCCCCGCUAGCCCCUAACAUCCCGGCAACGUGAUGAUCAACUAGCGGUUUGCCCCCUUGGCAGCUUGUUGGGGGGCGCUGCUGGUCAGACAUUUGGCCGCCUACAUGCCUUCUUCAUAGGGGUUAGAGUUCAAAUAUUUUUCCGAGAGUCAUGCCGAAGAUUUUUCGUUUGUGUCAGAAUUGGUAAUAAGUACUUACACUUUUUCUCAGAGGCUUCUUUCAGUGCGUCGCAGUUUUUCGAUUUCUUUGUAACCCAUUAAGUUGGAAGUGACAGAAAAAAGGUACGUCCGUGAUUAUACUCAUUUAUAACAUUUAUUCUAGUUGUUGAUAGAUGGCGCUAUAAUAAAAAAAAUAAUUUACGUAUUAAGGAUCUAUACGACUAUAAUCUGUACAAUUUAUACGAAUACCUACAAAUCAAAGGACAUACCUUUUUAUAAACGCGAUUGAUUUGUUUUUAUACCAAAUUGCAAAUAAAAGGGUUAUACUGCAAUACCCUUUUCAUAUUUGGCUGGUUACGAUUCUGGCACCUGUCGGAUUUAACUAAAAUGUCAUGCUAUGAUUCUCUACAUUCUUAAAAUCAUAUAUGACGUCAAAAUUAAUGAUUAAUGACACGCUGAAGAACUUUAGAUUUUAGUAGUAUCGUUGAUUGAUAUAUUAUCCAAAUAUAUCAGUCAACAGUAGUAUAGAUAAUAGGUAAAUAUUUUUUUCCGAUUAUAGCGCCAUCUAUCAACAACUAGCAUAAAUGUUAUAAAUGUGUAUAAUCACGGACGUACCUACCUUUUUUUCUGUUACUUGUGCUUGUGACUGUUGUGACGCACUGUAAAAAGCCUCUGAGAAUCACCAUAGGUACCUACCUGUAGCCCCAGAAACUAGUAAUUUUUUCUUUGCUCGUUGAAUGUGGUAAACAAACUAGUGAUCUUACUGUUAAUAUCAAUUGUUUAUGUGUUUCGUUGCUACAUUUUGUUCAAGUGAUGAUAAGGUGAUAAGUAUAUAACUGUAUAAAAGCAAAAACAAUAACCAGAUGCAUGGUUUAGUAGAUAAUUUAUAGGUACCUAUAUGAAAUUUAUAUUUUCAAUGAAUAAAUCAGAUCUACCAUAUUUAAACCAAAAAUAGCCACCAUGGUAGCGCAGUGGAAAAUGAUGAGCCGAAAGUGAUAAGUGAUAACCGAGCAAAUACUUUCUAUUAAAUAAAAAGAAGGCUUCUAGUUCAGUAUCAUUGAUUUAUAAGACAAACCCUUGAGAUUUUGUAGACCUAGUGUAGGCAAGGCAAAUCCUAAUAUCUAAUAGUCUUACAAAAGGUUCUUAAAAAAGACUAAAUCGACUAAACUACGGUAAGAAUAAGAGGAGAUUAAAAGGAAAACUAAAAAGCAGCUAAGUCUGAUCGGAAGGUCCUACCAAAAAAAAACACAAUGUUUUAAAGCAAUGAAUAUGCUCAUUAGCUAAUUUUUCACACCAAUUUCCUGGAAACCUGGUAUCCUUAUCUGCCCUAUCUGGCGUUGUAAGCCAAACUAAAUAGCUUAAAGACUCCUACUUCCAGAGGAUGCAACUUGCUCGUUGAAUGCGGAGGAAAAGUUACAAUCGUAACUCCAUUUUCUUUAGCCAGAUUCAAGACCUCUGUUCCUCUGAAAAGCUCCCUUUGUCUGAUUUCCUAGGAGGAUUUCGCGGCAUUUUUUUCACAAAAAAACCUAAAAAAAAAGUUAAAAAUGAAGAUAAAAAAUCAUUUACAAACGACCUUUCCGACAAAAAAAAUUAAUUUUCACCUAACCUUAAAUCGAAUCAAUUGGAAAAUAUCUCUAUUCAUCAAAUAAUAAGGCCCUGCAUAUUAUCCACUCGCCAAAAAAAUGAAAAAAACGUGGUUUUUGUUAAAAAUGAAAAAAUACGUACCUUCAAAAAAAAAACAAUUGGUCAAAUAUCAACACUCACUGCCGAUCGGAAUCAAACUAAACACGUGGCUUGCGUGCAAACAGGAACCUCGUGGUCCUUACAUAAAAGCUAAAGCGCGCAUGCCAAAAUAUUGACGAAAAAGUCGUACAGGCAGCCAGAAAUACAGGUGUCUCGUUGUUCCCCGUGUCUCAUUGUUACCCAUGUACCCCUACCUAUCUUUUUCUCAAAUAUUAAUAGUCUGUUUUCUUCUUUCUCCAUACCAUUUUAUUUUUAUUUUUGUAUAAGGACUUCCAAUCUAAUGUGUUUGAUAAGAUGAUAAGUCAGAUUUCCAAGUUCCAGAAAAUUCACGAAAAAACUUUGUAAAGGUUUUUCACGGGUGAUAAAAACGAUUCUGUGGGCCAUACCUUUAUCAAAAAUAACUAUCUAAAGUCUAGAGUCUAGAGGAUUCCUAAUUAUCACCUCCUCACUCCAGAUGGUGGAAAAGAUUGUUGAGCAACAUGAAAAUUCGAUAAAAACCUUUGUAAAGGGCUUCUGUGGUCAGUUAAAAAAUCCUGUCAAUCAUAACAGUAUCUUCUUCUUCUUCUUCUUAUGCAAUCCACUAAUGGAUGUCCGCGAUCACGUGUGACCAGUUUUCUCUAUCCCUUGCAGUAUGUAUUAGGUCUCCUAUGUUUCUUAGCCCUGUCCAUUUUUUGACAUUACGGAGCCAUGACAUUUUCUUCCUGCCCACUCCUCUUAUUCCUUUGAUCUUUCCUUCAAUUAAGGUUUGCAGAAACUGGUAUCUUUCAUUUCUAAUUAGGUGCCCCAGGUAUGCCGUUUUUCUCUGUUUAAUUGUGCAUAGCAGUUGUCGUUCUGUAUCAAUUCUUCUAGUAUCACAAUUACCAUUUGAAGCCUUCCCCUUUAUCUCCUCUUCACUUCCACCCUUGGAAUGGUGGGUGAAUAGCUAUAUUCGCUCAAAGAUCUUUUUCGUGGGUGGUGAAAACGAUAUUAUGGACCAUAACCUUAUCAAAAUUUAUUGUGUAGAGGGUUCUUGAUUAUCGCCUCUCUCCAGGAAUUGGAAAAGAUGGGUGAGUGGCUAAAAACCCAAAAAGUUCACAACGGUAUUUUAGAGAAUUUUCUAGUCUUUAGUCAUUCACUCCUCUUUUCCAACCCUGGAGUGAGGAGAUGAUAAUGACACCCUGCCUGCCCAAUGAAAAAUACAGUUAUACGUCCAGGAAGAAAGAAGAACAUCUUUCCUAAAAGAAAAAGAUUGAGCUUUCUAUAAAGUCUCAUGCGUAAGUAUUCAAACCUCACUCGAAGUGAUUAUCUAGAUCUUUUUUCAUAAGUACCUAGCUGAACUGAAACCAAAACUUUACAUAUUUCUCCCCACAAAUUUUACUACACCAUGUUAUCCGGUUAUUUCUUAAGACACCAACAUAUACGCAUUCAGUUAUUUAGUAAUGUGUUUUUCAGUUUAUUUACAAAAAAUGUAGCUCUAUCCCCUUAAGUUGUUGUAUAUUACCUCAUUUAAAAAUAACUCAAACAGAAAGUUGAUAUUUUGUUAACGCUGUAUCUAAAAGUUGUAUAAUUGUGUUCAAAAUAAGUUUAAAUUGUAGAUAGAUACACAAUUGUUGCAGAAAAGAUUCUAAAUAUAUUUUCAUGGAAUUCAAAUUCAUAAUCUACAUACUUACAGGGUAAACAAACAGAACAUGGUAAAAGCUGCCCAGGAAAUGAAGAUGUUAUAUAGGAAACAACAUCAAUUCACGAAAUUGUCAUAACGAUUCUAAGAAAAUACAUACUUUGAAAACUUCUAAUCUAAUUAUUUUUGCGUUUCUCUCUGUGCGUGAUCAGUUUUUCUUCGCCUCUAGCAGUUGCAUUGUUAGAAGAAAAAAGAAAUUCAUACGUAGCCACACCAAAACAACAAUGAAACGUAUGAAACGACGUUGAUUACAGUUGAGUCCACGAGUCUUUACCCGUGCGUCAUUAAUACCUGGCGAGAUAAAACACAUAUUUGAUAGUUCAAAUUUUAACCCAACAAUUUUUAAAUUUAAUAAAUAUUGAAGAAGCAGAGGUAACGGAAGCAUUAAGGAAAUUAAAAAAUAGAAAAUCACCAGGAGAGGACAGAAUAUCGAAUGAACUCCUAAAUUAUGGAGGACAAGACCUGACCAAUUAUUAAAACUAAUCCAAAAAAUAAUAGAACAAAACAGAAUACCACAAGAAUGGAGAUCAAGCAUCCUAAUACCUCUCUUCAAAACAAGGGCGGAUCCAGGACCGAUUUUCGGGAGGGGCCAUGAAGUUUUUUUGGAGAGAGGUACCGGAGGUACGGGGGUAAUUUUUAAAAAUUAAGAUUACAAUGGUGAGUUUUAAGGCACUUUUCACACACUUUUACCGUUUAUGAGAAGUGCCUUAAAAUUCAGCAUUCCUGCCGUAGUACCGAUUCCUACACAUUUCUUCGGAUCCAAGUGCACUUCUUUCAACAAGUUUAAUACUAUUUUCCCCAAUGCUUCUCCUGUCAGGCGUUGUUCUUUACCUCUUUUUCUUGAUUUUCAAAUUUAGAGAAAGCUGUUCCACGUGGGAUACGUUGGUAGUUUCGUCAAAUAUGACGGACAGUACUUUAAUAUAAUAAUUUGAUAUUUGAACCUGAUUCAUUAUUUGUUCAAUUAUUUCUUCACCACAACAUGUUAUUAAUUGAUUUUGAUUGGUGCUACUAAUGUAUGUUGCUCAGGAAGAUGCUGUGGAUAUGUGUUAUUUAAGAGUCUUAUCUCCUAGUGCGAUUUUAAACCUUAACAAAUCCCCUUAUUGCUAGGUCCAGCAUCUUCGUCCAGAAGCAGAAGGCCAUCAUCACGAUGGUUUCUUAGAGGAAUAUUUAGGACCCUACUAUUGGUCGUAGUCUUUCUUUAUUUUUUUGUAUCUGUUUAGACCUCUGAGAGUCUAUCUGGUUAAUUAAUGACUUUUGAGGGUUGCGAUAACUUUGUAGAAAAUCCAGCUCAACCUGAACGCACUCCUUGUGGUAUGAUGUUUUUUCAUGGGUUUAUAUGGCUCCGUCCUUGCUCAUGAGUUUGGUGAAAGAAAAGGUUUCGUGACAAGGCUUUGGGCUGUCAUCCCUUUAUUGUGACCAUAUUUUUCAUUAGAAAAAUAAAACGCAAUACUUGUAAAAUAAUUCCUUUUGACUGUGCGAAAAUACUAACCAACUCCUUUGUUCUAAUGCUAGUGACCCAAGUAAUGCUUCAUUUCUUUUUUAUUCUUUGUGUGUAUAGAAUAUGGAAGUUGAUACGAUUUUGAUGGCUGUCAAAGUCAAGGUCGUUCUAACAAUUGGCACUUUGUAAAAUUAUCAACAUUUUGAUUUAAAAAACAUCCUAUAUCAUUCUUAAAGUUUCAAUUCUAGUCCAGAAAACAUAUUUAUCCCCUGCUUUGUACAUAUAUAUGUGUUUGAAAUUAAAAACAUUUGAACUACAAAUAUUUCAAUUUAUAUCUUUUUAAAUUCUCGGAGGGGGCCAUGGCCCCCAUGGCCCCCUCCCUGGAUCCGCUCUUGCUUCAAAAAGGGAGAAAAAUCGGACCCGGAGAAUUACAGAGGAAUUAAUUUAUUAAACACAACACUAAAAUUAACGACCAAAGUGAUAACAAACAAACUGAAUAAAAUUAUAACAUUAGCAGAAGAACAACAAGGUUUUAGGUCGGGAAGAUCAUGCACCGACGCUAUAUUUAUAAUGAGGCAGAUUCAGGAAAAAUCGUUACAAUACAACAAACCGGCAUACAAAUUAAAGGACGUUAUCCAUUUAUUGUACGCAAGAGAGGUACCUCUAGGAAUAAUUAAAACGAUCGAAAAUAUCUACCAGAACAACACAAUAAAAGUAAAAGUAGAUGAAGAACUAACUGACCCAAUUGAAGCUGGCAAUGGGAUAAGACAGGGAGAUUCCCUGAGUCCUCUGUUAUUCAACCUGAUCAUGGACGAAAUAAUAAAAAAAGUAAGAACAAAAAAAGGAUACCAAAUGGGAGAAAAACAACUUAAAAUAAUCUGCUAUGCAGACGACGCAAUACUAAUCUCUCAAAGUGAAGAUGAUUUACAACGUAUGAUGCACGAAUUUAAUAUAACCGCUAGAAAAUUUAACAUGUUAAUUUCCCCAAAAAAGACUAAAUGCAUGGUUAUAACAGCAGAUCUAAUAAGGUGUAAAUUAAAGCUGGAGGGUCAAAUAAUAGAAGAAGUCAUGGAGUUUAAAUAUCUAGGCAUCACACUAUGCAGCUACGGAAAGUUCGAAACAGAAGUGGAAGAACAGGUGAAUAAAGCAAACAGAGUCAGGUUGCCUGAAUGAAACAAUAUGGAGAAAUAAAAACAUCGGAAAAGAAGUGAAAGGCAGAAUUUACAAAACAGUCAUCAGACCAAUAAUUACAUACGCGGCAGAAACACGACCUGAUACAGAAAGGACAAAAAGAAUGCUAGAAAAGAAUGCAUUGCGAAAAAUCGAUGGUAAGACGCUGUGGGAUAGAGCUAGAAGUGCAGAUAUAUGAAGGAGAUGCAAGGUGGACAUCAUUACUAACUGGGUGAAAAGCAGAAGAGUAGAAUGGAACGACCACAUAAGCCGAAUGACAACAAAUAGAGUAGUAAGGACGGCGAGAGACGGUUCCCCAAUAAGAAGACGAUCAGUGGGAAGACCACGAAAAAGAUGGAAUGACAACUUACUGGAGGCACAUUGAAAAACAGACAGAGUAAUGUCUACAGCGUGUCUACUUAAGUUGGAAACAUAUGGGAAACCUUUUUGUUAUUCAUUUUACGAAAAAAAGUUAUUCUUUAUAAAAAGUUCUGCAUGCUCUAAAACCUAAGAUUCAAUAAUCAGAUAUCAAAUUUUGUCAAUAUUAUACGUGGUAUGUCAAAAAAUAUGAACUUCGUUCAAGAGUAAAGUACCUUUAUUUCUCUCAAUAUCGAAAAUUCUUAUUAUGAAAAGUUGUUUGGAAAUAAAAACUAAGAUCAAAUAUGCAAUUACAUGCUUCUAAUUGGAAAAACAUAUUUUCCAAAUUUUUCUCAAAUUUAUUGAUACUAACUUCGUUUUUAUUUAUUACACAUAGGAUAACUCUCUUAUUAUUACUUUUACGAAAAAAGGUAUUUUUAUAAAAAGCCUGUAUGUCCUAAGACCGAAGAUGCAACCAUCAGAUAUCACAUUUUAUUAAUUUUAUACGAGGUAUGUCAAAAAAUAUGAAUUUCACUCAAGAGUAAAAUACCUUUAUUUUUCACAAUAUUGAAAACGGUUAUUAAAAAAGUUGUUUAGAAUUAAAAACUAUGUUUCAAUAUGCAAUUACAUCCUUCUAAUUGAAAUAUUGUGAAAUAUAAAGGUACUAUAAUCUUGAGCGAAUUUCAUAUUUUUUGACACACCUCGUAUAAAAUUAAUAAAAGUUGAUAUAUCAUGGUUGUGUCUUAGAUUUUAGACCAUGCAAAGCUUUUUAUGAAGAAUAACUUUCUUUCGUAAAAUGAAUAAUAAACGAGUUAUCAUAUUUGUAAUAAUUAAAAACGAUGUUGGGUAUCCAUAAAUUUGAGAAAAAAAAUUUUUUUUUUUCAAUUAGAAGCAUGUAAUUGCAUAUCUGAUCUUAGUUUUUAAUUCCAAAUAACUUUUUAUCAUAAGAAUUUUCGAUAUUGAGAGAAAUAAAGGUACUUUACCCUUGACCGAAAUUCAUAUUUUUUGACAUACCUCGUAUAAUAUUGAGAAAAUUUGAUAUCUGAUGAUUGAAUAUUAGGUUUUGGGGCAUGAAGAACUUUUUAUAAAGAAUAACUUUUUUUCGUAAAAUUAAUAAUAAAAAAGUUUCCCAUAUGUUUCCAACUUAAGUAGACACGCUGUAUAUAAAAAGAAGAAGAAGAAGAAGAAGAAAUUUUAACCCGUAAUAGGAGCAGUAGCUACUUACUAUAACUUGCUGUUGCGUUUAGUAAAUUUCAAUUUUCGACUUAUCAUCGACUUAUUUCGUAUGCUUUAAUUUAAAUGAUGACGCACGGGUAGAGACUCGUGGACUCAACUGUAUACUGAGUUUCAAGCUUAGGAAUAAACCAAACAAAGCAAACGUAUACAAAUAUAAAUGAAACAAUGAAUCCACUGAUAGCUAUUGAAAACGAUUAUUAUCCUAUUACUGACUUUACAAAGUAUGAGAGCAUUGAUAUAAAUUGCUUCGAAAAUUUUAAAGACUCAGAAUGCAAUAAUCAUAUAAAAUCUACUCGAUCGCAGGAAUAGCUAUAAGAUCAAAAGAACUGUAGCAGUAGAACGCUAAAAAGACAAACAAAUCAAAGACCACCGUUACCCCCUGCAUAUUCAGGUUGCAGACUGGAGACCUCACCAAACGAACGGAAGAGAGAACAACCUCUACAAGGAGGGACUAUCUGCUGGGGCAAACUUAUCUGUCUCCAUGUGAAAACCUCUAAACUGCAGAGUGAAGUCGUCUACUACAAGUACAAUUUGAAAAAGAGGGGCUACGCUGAAGUUUUUUCUGGAAACUUUCCCGGAAGAAGACCAAGAGGAGGGUCACCAACCUGGUGGUCCAAUCAAAUUCAGAAUUCAGCAGGCCACUCAUUCUGAGAAAUUCUUAGAGCAGCAAAGAUAGAGACCAAUGAAGAAAAUUUGUUAGGAGUAUUGGAGGAAAUUACGAUCCUCUCUGAUAUUGAUGUCACAUGUGACUGUGGUGCUGUACAAACCAAUCAACAUAUCCUGGUGUGCUACAAUAAACCUGUACCCAAGAAGACCUAAAGCAAGCCAACGAAAGAGCCCUGGAUAUCAAAAAGCACUGGAAGCUCACAAUGUGAUUGUAACUGAAGGGAACUUUAAUCACGAGACGUAGGUACAACAAAGAACUAAAAUACGAGUCUACAACACCAUAAUCCCACAGAUCAUAACAAACAUCAGACCACCAGGAAACUCCUGCAAUCUCUAGCAAUCAAAGUCACAAAUUCGACUUCAACGAUCGGACCAGAGCAUCUCUAAGCCUUAAUACAAGAAGAAGGAAAAGUUCUAAUCUGCUACAAAUGUCAUAUCUCUAUGUACUUUAAUUCGGUUCAAUGAUAUCUCGUAACGCGACAGUUCGUAACACCAAUUACGAAUUAUACCUAUACCGUUAUGAAUAGAUAGUUAUAGAUACGAACUGUCGAUGUUACAAAUAAUUGUCGCCGUUACGAAUUUCGGCGUUACGAUUUGUGGGGUUACGAACUAACGCGUUACGUUGAAAUCACCUUCUUUUGACAGUUAUCAUCUACUUAUCUAAUUUCAAAAAUACCUUUAAGACAAUUUUAGAUACAGCCUAGUUAUUGUUAUUUAAGCGAAUUGUUUUGUUUAAACCUCAAUCAUAAAAAUCAGUAGACGAAACUAACACUAACGCAUUGUAACAUAUUGUAAUUUAUAAUGUAAUUUGUAAUAAAAUAUGUCAUCUGUACAAUUUGUUGAUGCUCAUGUCUCUUAAUUUAUUAUACUGGGUGAUUUGAAUGUAAAGUUUUCAAAAUACAACUCGGAAAUACAAGAAAUUAUAUAACGGGUAUGCCAAAUGAGCGGAAUGGUUAAAUAUUUCGCGAAAUUUACGUUGGAUUGAAAAACUAAAUACCACGUGUUCAAUAUUUUUCAAAAAGCUGUCGAUUGAUACCAAAUACGACCCUCCAUCCACACCCCCCGCGGCGAUGGGGCGACGGCAACCCCAUCGGAUAUUCAUUACUGUACCAUACAAGCUCAACCAUCAUUAUUCAGCCUCAAAAGUCCACUGCUGAACAUGGGCCUUCCUCCUGUUUCCAACCCCGUCUAUCUUACGCCGCUCUCAUUCAGUUUUUAUUCAGCCUUCGUAAAUCAUCAGUUCAUCUUGUAGGUGGUCGAUCGACUCUUCUCUUCCCCUGGUCUCCAUUCCAAUAACCUCUUUGUCCAUCGGCCAUCUGUCAUUCUGGCUAUGUGUACUGCCCAUCUGCAUUUUAGUCUUUCUGCUCCGUAUGUCAAGACUGUAAGGAUCCAAUGAUCAAAUACCUUUCUCUUUAGGCAUGUGGGCAGUUCACUUUUAAAAGUUUCUCUGAGUUUUCCAUAUGCUGCCUAUCCAAGACUGAUUCUUCUCUUCAGUUCAUGAGUCCGAUUAUCCCUGCUAAUUAUAACUUCAUGUCCCAGGUAUUUACAUCUAUCUGCGAGUUCUAUUUCCUUCCCACCAAUACUGAUGUCCUGGUUGGGUACUAAAUUUGUCAUUAUUUUUGUUUUCGAGAUGUUUGUACAGGGUUGCGAGAAAGUCAGGCAACACGGUAAUUUCUCGGAAACCGCUUGAACGAUUUUUAUGGAUUUUGGUGGGUGAGGCUCUUUUAAUACGGCCGAUAUUAGGUAUAGUGAUGGUGGUAAUUACAUCGUUGUGAAAUCUUUCGUUUUUCUGGAAAUCUAAUGAACUUUUUUAUUUCAAAUGGAACAACCUCUAUAUUUUUUGCGUUUUGGAAUUCCUACGGGAUGCUAAUUAUUUUUCAUAUAAUAUUCCCAAUACCUAAAUGCCAUAAUUUCGGAGUUAUUGCUACAUUCAUUAAAAAAGAAUUAAACAAAUUAAAAAAAUCAAUUUUUUCGGCCCGGGUAGACAUUAUUUUAUUUUCUUUAGAUCAUUGGGAACAACAAAGGUCUUUUGUAAUUUUCCUCUAAAGUUAAUCGUUUACGAGUCAUAAACAAUUUAAAACUGAAAAAAAUCGAAAAAUGACGAUUUUCUAGCUUCAAAAACACAAGUAAAAAAUAUUAUUUUUGAAACUACGAAGUGCCUAAAUUCAAGUUUAAGCUUUAUUUUAUCAGUUACCGAUAAGCAAUUUGGUCUUGUUUCAUUUUAAAAUAUUAUUUUUUAGUUGUUAAUGCCCGUUCUCUCAUAUGCGCUUCAUUAAUAAUUAAAAAACAAUAUUUUAGAAUAAAACUUGCCAAAAAUUCUUAUAGGUAUCUGAUAGAAGGUUUGAUCUUGAAUUUAAGUAGUUUGUAAUUUCAAAAAUUAUUUUUUUUACUUGUGUUUUUGAACCUUGAAAAUCGUCAUUUUUCGUUUUUUUCAGUUUUAAAUUGUAUAUAACUCGAAAACGAUUAAUUUUAGAGAAAAAUUACAAAAGACUUUUUUGGUUCCCAAUGAUCUAAAGAACCUAAAAUAAUGUCUACCCAGGCCGAAAAAAUUUAUUUUUAUAAAUUGUUUAAAAUUUUUUUUUAAUAAAUUUAGCAAUAACUCCGAAAUUAUGGCAUUUAGGUAUAGGGAAAAUCAUAUGAAAAAUAAUCAGUAUCCCUUAAGGAUUCCAGAACAUAAAAAAUAUACAGCGUGUUCCAUUUGAAAUAAGAAAGUUUAGUAGAUUUCUAGAAAAACGAACGAUUUGACAACAAUGUAAUUACCACUAUGAUAUCCGCCGCAUUAAGAAACCCUUACCCACCAAAAUCUAUAAACAUCGUUCUAGCGGUUUCCGAGAAAAUAACGUGUUGCCAGACUUUUUUGCAACCCUGUAUUUAAACCUACAUUUUCUGUAGCCACAACGAGUUCCUGUACCAUCUCUCUUGCCAUACUAUAAGCUCAUCCAUACGUCUUCACAUAAUAAAAGUUGAAUUUUGAAAAGCUUUACAUUCAUUUCGCACUGUACAUGGAUGUUGUUGAUAUUUUUUGGAAAUUUGUUGUCCUUACUUAAUGCGGAAAAAAGCUGCUGUAGAAGAUAUUUUUACAGACGAUUCAGAUCACAAAAUCAUACGCAAUGCAUUUGUAAAAAACUCGUAUUUAUAAAGAUAAUAAUUCUAUCUGUAUGUAAAUAAUAUUAUUAUGACAUGAUUUGUAAAUAAAUAAAUCGAUUAGAAUGA